AUGGGGACGUCAAGCUCAACGCUGGAAGUGGGUAAGGCCUUACGCUUGCUGCUAACUGAUGCACCUGUGGACAAUGGCUCGCUCGCGUUGCUGCUAAACACAUCCCUCUCUGACACUGAGGUUGAGCGAGCCCUUCCGUUUUCUACGUUAAGGCUGAUGCGGCACUACUACACGAAGAACUUUGCGAUACUACUGUUUAAAUGUAUUGAGACUGUCUCGCUGGUGCGCAUUGCCUCUCUUGAAUCCGCGGCCGACAUGCAAUCCGUAUCGCAAAUGCUUAUGAAUGCUCUGUGUGUACUGCGGCGAAUGCUCCCCAUCGCAAUGGAGGGCGGAGACACACCGUGUGAUGAGGGGGAGCUGGCCGCAACUGACGCGCCCAACGCCAGUGAAGUUUUGACGGAUGCGAACCUCCUCAAAGUGGGGGAAGGCGGUGCACGACAUCGAACACGUUUUGCCGCCUCCUUUGUACAAUUUUUUUUUGAGGAAAAUCUUGCCUGUGAUGAGCAACAUCCGAAACAGAUGCUUCCGUUUUUGCCUGGUCAGAAUGCAACACUUAGCAAAUUCUUGGGACGGCUGCUGGUGGACUGUUGUUUUAUUCGCGGCCUGACGCUGCCCACAUCAUCUGCCCCUGCAACACAAUGUGGGAGUCACCCCAAUGUGGAUGCGUCCCUCUUGUGGUACCCGGGCGUGGGUGGAAUGCAGGAACAACUUACCGUCUCACAGGUGGUAAACGCCACGACACAUGCCCUUCGAUACCAGCUCCUCUACACACUCACUGCAUUUUUGGCCUAUCCAUUGUUUUCCCCGCCUGCCACGCGAGACACCGUCUUUUCAGAACCACUAGUUAACGCCUAUGAGACGCCACUUCUCCCAACACUCGUCGCCUCCGCGUUGAAUGCCAUAUUGUCAUAUGCACCGUUUGGUUCUAUGCCAUACACAAGCCAUUGGGUGGGGAAGGAGGAGAAGGUGGUAUUAAUGUCUGCACGAUUUUUAAGUGCCCUGAUAUGUUAUCCAGGCGCCAGGGUUGAGGGACCCGCACAGGCCCGAAACACUACUGGGUCUGAGGAGCAGGAAGAUCACCGUGAAUCAAAAGAGACCGUGGAAACACAGGGAGGCAUGUCUGAGACCUCAGUAGAGCAUCCGCCUAGCCCACAACCCUUACAAAUCAUUCAUAGCGCAAGGGAACUCAUCUGUGCAUUGACGCUGGAGGAGGCGAAGUACGUCGUGCUGCAUCUAAGAAACAUUAUUGGUCUAAAAUUGUAUUCAAAUCGAACGUUUCUCCCCGAAUCGCAGCAUUGCUUCAUAACGCAGGAUGAGUUCAUGAUGCUGCUCUGGCGGUUAGUUGAGCUUUCUCCCCAGUGUCGGGUGGCGUUUGGGCAGCAACCGGAGGCGGUGGAUUAUAUAGUGCCUCUGGUGGAUUACGCGCUCAACGCCAGGCGGGACCCAAAGUACUUUCCACAUCUGCAGCUUGUGUUGUUUCUGUUGCUGCGACUAUCUGAACUGCGAGCAUUUUGUCUUCAGUGCAACGCGGCCUUUCGUGAGCGUCUUCCCUUUGAAUUUGAGCCUUUUAUGGGCACCUACAAUGAUUUACUAAUUAUCAUGUUGUGCUCGUUCAUACUGUUUCGUCAUGAGAUGAUAUGUCCCUUGCAUGUGACUUGCAGUGCGAUCAUAUCGAACCUUGCUCCUUUUGUUAACAGCAUCAGCCUCGUCAGUGCAGAAAAGCUGAGUCUUGUCUUUACUUUGGUGGCCACAAGAUGUCUUGCGUACGAGGCUUUAUUGGCAACCAAUGAGACGCUUGCCGAUGGUGCAGAAGUGGCGGCAGAUCAUGUUGUGAUGUUUGGUGUUGUGGGAGCCGUUGCAAGUGUGCUGCAGUAUCAUGAGGGGGCCGCAGCAGUCCUUCUUGCCGCCUUUAUGAAGUGCAAGUCUUUGGUGAGUGAGGUGUCAGAGGUGUUUCUGGUGGAGGGACGUGACGCCCUCCGUGUGCAGGUUACCUCCCCGUUCCUUAUAGACACCAUCAGGGACGCAAUCACUGCCGUUGAAGGAGCCGUUGCCGCUUCGGAAGCUUCUGGCGUGGCGAACACCGCGGUUGUGAUACGCAACACAUCUCUUGUGGGUGCUUUACCAACUCCACACCGUAUUGUUGUUAGGCGGCUUUGCUCCACAGAAGCAAUGGAACAGUGGGCAAUGGCGACAACCUGGUCGUCGUUGUACAUGCACACGUCACCCGGAACCUUCGGGGAAAGCAAAUCCAUCAAGAUGCUACGUUUCAUUUAA